AUGGUCCUAUGGCAUCCUCCUGAUGCCCCUUGGGUGAAGUUGAACACUAAUGGUGCCUUCUCCAUUUCAACACUGGAGGCGGGGAAGGGAGGAUUGGUUCGUGGUUCAGAUGGAGGCCUUCUAUGGGCCUUCCGCUCUCCGAUAGUUGCAUCAUCGAGCUUUGAAGCAGAGCUUUUGGCUCUUAUUCGAGGUUUGGAGAUGGCUAUGGAGUUCUUUACACACAUUUGGAUUGAGCUGGACUCAGCGGCUCUGGUUAUCUUAUUGUCUUCUAGACAACUUGGCUCUGUGGAUCUUAGACAUCACAUGGCUUUGAUCCGGAGUAUGAUCGCUCAGCGACAUGUUCGAUUUUCACAUAUCUAUAGAGAAGGGAACCGGGCGGCAGACUUUCUGGCUGGUAGGGGGGUCCAGACCCCUGCACUCACAUACUACGACCCAAUCUCUGCGCCUCGAUACCUGAAGGCGCUAGUCAGGAUGGACCAGCUGUGA